GAGCGUGGCUUCCUCAGAGUUCAGAGCAUAACCACUUCGGCCCCUGAUGGAGUGAAUUCAACUGAGUUAGUCUGUGAAGUACAAGUCUUUACAUGUCUUUACCAAAAGAUCUUUGGCGUGAGGGAUAGAUGGAGUGCUGGAAGACUGACUGGAGUACUGGAAUACACGUUUUAGUGUAUCAAUGCACUAGUUACUAGUUACUAGUUGCCCACCUCAAGCUACAAAGAGUCUCUCGGUAUACAAAGCAGCAGGACGUGGAUGCUUUCGCACAUUUUCCCAAAGCGACAGAGCAGCAGAAGGAUGAUUUCCCGCAUGCAUUAGCUUCGUUCUACUCCACGAUGCUGGCUGGAAAGACUAGCAAGUCCGCCGACAACUACAUGCAAAAGGUCAAGAUGCUCAUGGAGCGCUUCCAACUGAGCCUUGAUGCCAUGGUCAGCGAAGAGUUUCUGGAAGCUGUCAAGAAAACGCAGGAGAACCAGAAAGUAAACAAUAUGAUUUCCGCUGGCCUCAAGAAGUUUAGAGACUUUAUGCAGGAGCGCGGUUCUGCACCAUGGGAGGUGAAAGCAGCCAUUACCAUCGACGAGCGGUUCCGCAUGGACUUUCGCCGCUGGGCCAAGAGGGAACCGGCGCCUACGGGUCGAAGCCUUUUAACGGCUCACUUCGUCAAGAGAGAAGUGGAACCAGAGCCUCCAGCUGCAGUGUUUGCUGUGUCUGGGGCUGCAAAGCCAGAGAUGAAGGAUGAAGAGGCGCCAGCAGAGGCAGAACCGAAAAGGAAAGCUCGCCGCAAGGAGACACAAGGAAAGCGAAAGAGAGAGGCCAACUCAGAGGCGUCGCCAAGAAAGGGCUCUUUGAUGACCAAAGGCUUCUUCAAAAGCCCGCCGCCCAAAGUCACAGAGGCUCCACAGGAGACGCCUGAGAAGGCAUUUGCGCCCAAAGGGCCGCUUAAGGUUCCAUCGCCCGAGCAGGAGAAGGAGCUUGGCAUCUUCCGAGUUGCGAUCCGCGACGCGGUGAGAACUCGGCAGUACAACCAGGCCCAGAGCUGGGCGAGUUCGAGCUGCGUCAGCGGUAUGGCACAGUUGGGGUUUAGCGAUAAGGUUGAACUACCGGAGACGGCAGGGAUGGAGCGGCAACGGAGCGGUGUGGAGAUCCCGGAAAAUGGGCUCCGAUCGGGAGAAGAUUGGGCCGUUGAGUUCUUAGAUGACUCCUGGUUCUCAGAGGAGGAAAAGGUCAUGGUAAGGCAACUGGAAGUGAUUCUGCAGGGCACUGACCACGCUCAUAGUUUGGCCCGCGACAUGUUAACGCCUUUGAUCUACGACCUGGAGAUUGCAUUCGUGCUGGAUGACAGUGGUUCAAUGAACCUGGACAUGUUUGGCCAAUGUAUCCCACGCCGAGACAUCACAGCGACCACUCCUUGGAAUGCUAUUGCAUUGGUGAAAGCCUUGCGGCAGUCCUUGCCAGGUGGCUGGUUCACAAGCAACACUGCUCCACGGCCGGCUGAGUGCCCCAUCAGUCCUCAUCAUUGCCGCUGGUUCUUUGCGCGUCACCACUUGCGGUGCUGGAAGCAGGUGUUUUCAAUCUUGCAGAUGGAUCCCUGGCUCUACAUGCUCAAUGGUGGCAAACGGUGCCGCCUCUCAGAGCUGGAACAGAUCUUUCACUCCAUGGCAGGUGGAUCGACCCCGAUGAGCCAGACAAUAAGGCAAGUCUUGCGUGACUUGUCUCCAGUUGCCAAUGGGAAAAGCCUCCUGAUUGUGGCCUUGACGGACGGUGAGGCAAACGAUAUGGUAGACUUCAAUCGAGUUCUGGACGAGAUUCAAAAUCUCAGGUAUGGUGAUGUACAAGUCUGCUUGUUUGGUUUGUCUUUGAUCAAAGAGGACAUCGAAUGGUUCGAAAAUGAGGAAUGUGACGAGACCCGGAUUCGCACCAUCGAGCCGUUUGAAGUGGAAAAUCGACAGAUCCAGUUGAAGGAGGUGACUCGACGCGAGGGUGGCUAUACCUUCGAUAUGCAUGUCAUGAGAGGUCUGGUGACGAAUUACUACCCUGCCGAUUAUGACUAUGAGGCACCACUGCAGAACUUGAUGCACCGGGUCUACAUCACCCUACAUGGCCGAGAUCGGUGGUGGGCAAUCCAGAAUCCACUUUGGUAUUUGUUUGGUAGCAACUGCUUGUGCCCAGCUUGUUUCUUGGCCACGGGCUGCCAUUGCUGUGGCCGACUUCAAGGCAACGAUUGCGGGAAGUUUGAGGUCCCGGACUGCUUGAAGACUUGCUUUGAGUGA